AUGUUAGUUUCGAGUGAGAGAGAGAUAGAGAGAGAAAGAAAAACUCAAUAUUCAGAUCACAUAUAUGAACACAGACACAGCGAAGAAGAAUUAGAUUAUGAUAUUAUUGAAGAAGAAAACAAUUUUGGAGAAGAUGAGGACGGUGAUAAUGAGAUGGAAACCUUUGAUGAGCUUUUUACAGUAAAACAUUGGGAAAGUUUUCGUGUUGGGAGAAACGAAUGGUGCAAGUGCGAUAACUGCAAGACUGAAACUAGGGAGAUUGAAUGUCUUUGUUGCACGGAAGUAGAUGCAUUAACAGACAAACAAUUUCAAGGGAUAAAAUGUAUAACUAAGAAUGAGGAUUUCAAGCAACUUUGUCUCGUUUUAAUAUGCUUACAUGAGACAAGAGGGAAGUUUCUGCAAGACACGCCUACAAACAAAUCUUUUCGGUUUGCUGCUUACAAGCAAUUUAUUUAG